CAAAACACGGUCCUCUUGGUUUGGACAGUUCGUUGGGUGUCUAAAGCAACGCCUGCAUGGAAAUUCCAAGCACGCCGCCUUAUUCUGGCUUUCUCUCUCAUCUUGACUGAAACUUCAUUUUAUUAUUAUUUAUGUAUUAAGGCAUUUUUAUCAACCCUCUUUGCGGCCCUUCAAAAGGUAGCUUGCAAAAAUCAAAAUCCACACACUUCCAUAGAGGGCUCGCUUUUGAGACCAACGAGUAACGACGCCGCACUUGAAGGGGGCGGGUCACGGUGGAGGAACCCAGCCCGCCUCGACAGCGACAGCUGCCAGCAGGACCUUCAGGCGGUCCAAAGACAGCCUUGAUUAGGGCCUAUUCGACUGGGGAAGGCGGAGUGUUUUCCUUGCUUGAGGGGCGGAAUUGGGCGCCUUGGGAACCACCAUGCGGAGCCGCGGAGGGGGCUACCCCGUAGGAGAUCUCCGGCUGAAGCAGCGGGUUAAGCAGUACCUGAGCAGUAAUAAAUGUGGCCAGUAUGUCGAUAUUGGGAUUUUAGCAGCUGAUCUGCAGAAAACAUACAGUGCUGAUUAUGGACGAAGAAAAAGAAAUGCCUUUAGAAUCCAGGUAGAGAAAGUCUUUGGAAUAAUCAGCAGUGAGCUAAAGUCUGAGGAUUUAGCAGCAGUAGAGGAUGAACAUUUGGCAAAGAAAGCAAGAUGCAAAGGGGAAGAAGAUGAUUCAGAAAGCUGCAUGGAUACCUCCGACACAGACAUCGAGCUUUCAACUUCAAAUCAUAUGAACUCUUCCUUGUUGACCUUAUAUCGGAAAGGAAAUCCAGAUUCUCUUCCAGCAGCUCCUAAGAAUGUGCUGUCAAAAUCCAGCACUCCAGCACAAAUGUUUCCUGGAUCAAACACGCCUCCCCAUCAAGCACCAUCUGAUACCAGGAUUUCAGAAGGGGGUUGGUUUAUUGAUAAAACUCCAAGCACAAAAGAGGACAAUUUUUUAAUUGAUCUUUGUGCAGAAGAGAGUGACAGUGGGAAACAGAUAGCUGAGAACUCAAAAGACCUUCCCUUUUUGGAGGCUACAAGAAAGAAGUCCAAGAACAAGCAAUAUAAAAGGAGGAAAGUAGAGUCACAAGAUGUAGAUGAAGAAAUAGAAUCUGCUUUGAGGAAGCAGAAAGUUAAACAGAAAGGGAUAGAGCUACGGACCUCUUCGGUGACGUUUGAGGAUGUGGGAGGCAAUGAUGAGACAUUGAAGGAAGUAUGCAAGAUGCUGAUACACAUACGUCAUCCUGAAGUGUACAACUAUUUAGGAGCUGUUGCACCUCGAGGAUUUCUCUUACAUGGGCCACCGGGGUGUGGAAAGACAUUACUGGCACAAGCGGUAGCUGGGGUGAGACUGUUGGAGCUUGAGCUACCAAUGCUCAAAGUGGCUGCUACCGAGAUGGUGUCAGGAGUGUCGGGCGAAUCUGAACAGAAACUAAGGGAGCUGUUUGAUCAAGCAGUGGCCAAUGCUCCAUGCAUCCUUUUUAUAGACGAGAUUGAUGCGAUCACACCCAAGAGAGAAGUUGCUUCAAAGGACAUGGAGCGGAGAAUUGUAGCCCAGCUUCUGACCUGCAUGGAUGACUUGAACGAUCUGGCUGCUGCUGCUCAGGUCCUAGUAAUUGGAGCAACCAACAGACCAGACGCGCUGGACCCAGCCCUGAGACGCGCAGGAAGAUUUGAUCGAGAAAUUUGUUUGGGGAUUCCAGAUGAAGCAGCCAGAGAAAAAAUUCUGAAGACAUUGUGUCGGAAACUUAGACUCCCAGAAUCGUUUGACUUUGUUCACUUGGCUCAUAUGACCCCAGGCUACGUCGGUGCUGAUCUCAUGGCGCUUUGCCGUGAGGCAGCAAUGUGCACAGUGAAUAGAGUCCUUGUUAAACUGGAGGAGGAGAAACGUGAAGCCCUGAAAAUUGAAGACGGAGCAUCUGGACAAGGCGUGGAGAGGAAUAGAGAAGAGCCUGUGAAUAGCGAUAUUAACCAGCCAGAGCUUCCCACUAAAGGUGAAUUGCAGAGACUGCUUGAGUUGCUAAAGGAACCAAACCCCCUAGGGGAGGAUCAGCUGCAAAAGCUAUGCAUUGAGAUGAAUGAUUUCAUUAUUGCACUCUCCUCGGUACAACCCUCUGCCAAGAGAGAAGGUUUUGUCACAGUUCCUGAUGUGACAUGGGCAGAUAUUGGAGCCCUGGAGGACAUUCGGGAGGAGCUCAUCAUGGCAAUACUGGCACCUGUGCAGAAUCCUGAGCAAUUCAGAGCUCUUGGGCUCACUGCUCCAGCUGGCAUACUGCUUGCUGGCCCUCCAGGCUGCGGCAAAACAUUACUUGCCAAGGCAGUUGCAAAUGAGUCUGGACUGAAUUUCAUUUCUGUGAAAGGACCGGAAUUGUUGAAUAUGUACGUAGGGGAAAGCGAGCGUGCUGUUCGUCAGGUUUUCCAGCGUGCAAGGAAUUCUGCACCUUGUGUCAUAUUUUUUGAUGAAGUUGAUGCUUUGUGUCCUCGGAGAUCAGACCGUGAGUCAGGUGCCAGCGUCCGUGUGGUGAACCAGUUGCUUACAGAGAUGGAUGGUUUGGAAUCUCGUCGUCAGGUUUUUAUUAUGGCAGCCACCAACAGGCCAGAUAUUAUAGAUCCAGCUAUUUUGCGCCCAGGGAGACUGGAUAAAACACUGUAUGUAGGAUUGCCACCACCUUGGGAUCGCCUUGACAUUUUAAAGACUAUAACUAAAGAUGGAACCCGACCCCCUCUUGAGGUUGAUGUGGAUCUUGAAGAAAUUGCUCAUGAUCCCCGUUGUAAUUGUUAUACAGGGGCAGAUCUUUCAGCUCUAGUGCGGGAGGCCUCUGUUUGUGCCUUGAGACAAGAAAUGAGAACGCCAAAUGGAAAAGAAGCAGCUGCCGGAGGAGUCUCCAUCUCCCAGCCCAGGAGGUGGUGGCAGAAGAACAAAGAGAAAGGAAUGGUCAGAAUUGGGGGUCUGGCAGAAGGAAGAAAGCAGGAAAAGGUGGAGAAAGAAAUGGGCAGGAGACAUCAAAAUUGCCAAAAAACACUUUGAAGAAGCAUUUAAGAAAGUGAAAUCUUCGGUUUCAAAGAAGGACCAAAUAAUGUAUGAAGAGCUGCGCCAGUCACUGAGUAGGUGACAGCUGGAUGGUGCCUGAGACUGACAUGGGCUUGCCACAAGAAGUUCCCUAGAAAUCUAUUUGGGAAGCAGAACUUGGACCCAGUCUCACUUGACCUCUGAACUCCCAGUUGCCAGAUCUCAUGCUUCAAAAAACUUCUGUCACGUUGUACAACGGUCGCUUCAUGUUUUCCCUCAUCUUGGACACUUUCUCUCCCCCUCCUUUUGGAUUGUAAAGCUCCUCUGCCUUGGUGCAGUGAGACACUUAAAUUCAGACAGUGUUUUGCCUAUUGCACAUUUAAUCCACAAAGCAGCAAUAUCAAAUAAACAGUUGGUGGACUUACUACCCUAGCCUAGAGCCCUCCCCAUGGAGAGGAAAGCAGCUACUUCACCACCUACUGCUCUCUUCCAGCAGAGUAAGGCCUAGUCGAUGUUCAUCAGAAUCCGCUCUGUACAGCAAUAGAUCCCCAGAGGAUGUGUUGUCAGCCUCCUCUCCGCUCCUCUGCAUGAUGGGCCUGAUUCAGCCAAAAUGUAAGCACUUUUAAACUUCCUUCCAUAGAUGUGCUUAGAUCUCCCAUUGGUAUUAACAGGAUGUAGUAGGCUUAAUGCUGUCUUCACCUAUGUAUUCAGCUAGGUACUCUGUGGCCCUUACUAAACAGCUUCUGCUUCCUACCAGUGACAUUCUGGUGAGAUGCUUUAGUUUCACACUAUGAUUUAGGACUGUAAUAAGCUAGUUAUCCCCAAACUCCAAAUUAGUCCUGCAAUUUUCUGUUAAUCUCAAAAGCAUAGUUCUCACAAAGAGCAGAUGAGGUGGUUCCCUUGAAGUCCAGAAUGUUCCUCUUCAGGGACAUUCUGAAUGUCCCUGAAGACAUUCAGGGUGGGGAUUUCUGAAUGCUCCCCCUUUCAAAAAGAAAGAAAGAAUAUUCCCUACAUAUAGAAAAUAUGUUGGGGGGGGCCCUUCUAAUUUAGCCUUCCGCAUGGAGUCACUUCCUUGUUUCCUGUAUUGGGGGAGGAACUUUCCAUCCUGUGAGCCCUCACCUGCAGUCUGAGUGAAGUGAUAUAGUCAAGAUACAACUUUACUACCUCAUUUGCUGUUUAUGGGAAGUAAGCUCAAGUGAAAUAGGAAGUGGUAGCUUAUUGUUGAGGGUUUUUUUUUUAAAGUGUCAUUUCCUUUGUAGGGGAGACUUACCAUCCAUUUGAAGAAGUCUUUAUGCUUUCCUUAACAAUGGGUUGUUCCUCCCCUUGCAAGUUUACAGAGCAAAAUAAAGUUGUAUAAGAAUGUG